AUGUCUGUAGUAGGAUUUGACUUUGGUAAUUUGCAGUCCGUUAUCGCUGUUGCUCGUAACCGUGGUAUCGAUGUUGUCUGUAAUGAGGUGACAAAUAGAGCUACACCGUCUUUAGUCUCGUUUGGCCCAAAACAAAGAUAUAUAGGAGAAGCUGCGAAGACGCAGGAAAUAUCAAAUUUUAAGAAUACAGUUGGUUCGCUAAAGCGUCUUGUUGGUCGUGCAUUUCAAGACAGGGAGAUUCAAGAAAUCGAAAAGCAGUAUAUCAAUGCUGAACUAGUAGAUGCUAACGGACAAGUAGGCGUGAAGGUGAAAUAUCUCGGCGAGGAUCAUGUUUUCAGUGCGACUCAAUUGGUCGCCAUGUAUAUCAACAAACUGAAGGAAACUGCAUCAAGAGAGCUCAGAAUACCUGUUUCCGACGUUGUUAUCUCUGUCCCGGACUAUUUCACUGACAUUCAGCGCAGGGCUAUUCUAGAGGCUGCUGAAAUCUGUGGUCUGAACUGCCUUCGCUUGUUAAAUGACACUACUGCAUCCGCAUUAGGUUACGGAAUCACAAGAGACUUGCCUGAAAGUAAACCUCGUCAUGUUGUGUUUGUCGAUAUCGGUCAUUCCGAUUAUAGCGUUGCGGUUGUGUCAUUUAUAAAAGGACAGCUGACAGUGAAGGCCACCGCAUAUGACAGGCAUUUCGGUGGAAGAAACUUCGAUAAUAUUUUAGUUGAUCACUUUGCUGAACAGUUCAAGGAAAAGUAUAAGAUUGAUGUCAAAUCGAAUCCGAAAGCUCUUUUUCGUCUGAGAACUGCUUGUGAAAAAUUAAAGAAGGUGUUAUCGGCUAACCCACAGGCGCCUUUAAAUGUAGAGUCCAUUAUGAAUGAUGUGGACGUUAGUUCCUUCAUAACACGACAAGAAUUCGAAGAUAUGAUUGGGUCUUUUCUUGAUCGUGUAGAGACGCCAUUAGCGCAGGCGCUGAAGGAUUCUGGUUUAACUAAGGCUGAUAUUCAUUCUAUUGAGCUCGUGGGGGGGUCUACACGUAUCCCCGCAGUUAAGGAAAGAAUCUCCAACUUCUUUGGAAAAGAUCUCAAUUUUACCCUUAAUCAGGAUGAAGCUAUUGCUCGUGGGUGUGCUCUUCAGUGUGCAAUACUAUCGCCCGUUUUCAAGGUCAGAGAAUUCACUGUGCAGGACAUCACAGCAUAUCCUAUAAAAGUACGCUGGGAGAAAAUUCCCGAAAUACCGGAAGAAGAGUCGGAGUUAUUGGUAUUCCCUAAGUCCAAUGCCAUACCGUCAACUAAAGUACUUACUUUUCACCGUAAGCAACCUUUUGAUAUCGAGGCCAUUUAUGCCGAACCCGAAUCGUUGCCAGGAGAUAUCAAGCCAUGGAUUGGUAGAUUUUCGAUCAAGAAAGUCGAAUCAACCGCCAACAAACUUCUGACUAUGGUGAAAGUCAAAGUUAAACUCAAUUUACAUGGUAUUCUGUCGGUUGAUGGUGCUUAUGUGGUAGAAGAGGUGAUUAAAGAUGAGAAGGAAGAGGCUAAACCUGAGCAGAAGACUGAAAAGAAAUCUGAGACUAAACCAGAGACAAAAUCAGAAAAUAAUUCCGAAGCAAAACCUGAAACGCCAUCCGAUACAACGAAUUCACAGCAGCCGGAACAGAAAACAGAGCCGCAAGCUGGAGAAACUCCAGGGGGAAGUACUACAGAGCCUAAACAAGACGAACCACAACCCAUGGACACUGACAAGCCGGAAGAGCCCGUUAAACCCAAGAAGAAGAAGCUCGUAAAGAAGAAUGACCUUCCUGUUGUCUCUUGCACUGCUGGAUUGGAUAAAAAGGCGAUUAGUCAAUAUAGAGAGUUAGAGGGCCAGAUGCUCGCUUCUGAUAAACUGGUGAUAGAUACGGAAACACAAAAGAAUGCUCUCGAAGAAUAUGUGUACGAUAUCCGAGGGAAAGUAGAGUCUAGCUAUUCGAGUUUUGUUGACCCUGCUGAUAAAGAGAAAUUCAUCAAUCUCCUUAACGAAACGGAGGAUUGGCUAUAUGAUGAAGGCGAAGAUUCUACAAAAUCUGUAUAUGUACAAAAAUUAGAAGACUUGAAAAAAUAUGGGUCGCCUAUUGUGGAGAGAUACCGUGAGUCCGAAGAACGACCAAAGGCAGAGAAGCAGUUACGUGAUACGAUAGAGACAUAUCUUGUCAGUGCUACAAAUACGGAUGACAAGCUUGCACAUAUUCCUGAAGACGAGAAGAAGAAAGUCGUAGACAAGGCUACACAAGCUUUGCAAUGGUUGGAUGAAAAGAUUGCGUUACAGAAUAACACGCCUGCAUAUAAAACACCCGUUGUGUAUGCGCGGGAUAUCUACAAAGAACGCGAUAGUUUAAGUCAAUUUGCCAAUCCAAUUCUGAACAAACCGAAGCCGGCUCCGCCUAAAACAGAGACUGCAACUCCACCUGAAACACCGGCGGAAAAUGGAAAUAAGGAAAGCACGGAAAAGACUGACAAACCCGAUAACAACGAUCAAAAGGAAAAGACAACGGAGACGAAUCAGCAAGAAAAUGAACCUGCUCAAAUGGAAGUAGAUUAA